ACAGGGAGCGCGCCCCGCCAGAGGUCUCCUAGGAGCAGCGGGGAGCGCCCACGUGGGGGCCUCCUAGGGGUGUCCCAGCCAAGGGAGGUCGCUCACGGCAGGCCCGUCUCAUUUGGCUGGGGACGUGCCGGGAGCGCCCGGCCCUCGCUGCGGGACCAGAGGGCGCGCAACUGGAGGCGCCUCCUGGGGCGCAGGGAGCUGCCGUCGCGGGUACCUCCUCCUGCUCCUGGCCGGCCGGAGCUGGGCAGCUCCCCCGGCGAUGUUCACCCGGGCUGUGAGCAGGCUCAGCAGGAAGCGGCCGCCGUCAGAGAUUAAUGACAGUGAUGGCAAACCAGGCAGCAGCCAACAAACCCUAAAAGGAACCUCAAGAUGGACUGCGUCACUAGAGAACCUCCUAGAAGAUCCAGAAGGAGUGAAACGAUUUAGGGAAUUUUUAAAGAAAGAAUUUAGUGAAGAAAAUGUUUUAUUCUGGUUAGCAUGUGAAGAAUUUAAGAAAACGCAAGACAAGAAACAGAUGCAAGAAAAAGCUAAAGAAAUUUACAUGACUUUCCUGUCCAGUAAAGCUUCCUGCCAAGUCAAUGUUGAAGGGCAAUCCCGUUUGAAUGAGACAAUGUUGGAAGAACCUCACCCACUAAUGUUUCAAAAGCUGCAAGACCAGAUAUUCAAUCUCAUGAAGUAUGACAGCUACAGCCGUUUCUUAAAGUCAGACAUAUUUUUAAAACAUAAGAGGGCCGAGGAACAAGAAGAGAAUUCAUCGGAAGCUCAAUCCGUAGCUAAAAGAGCUUCAAGGAUUUACAACACAUGAUCCAAAGAAACCCAUUUCAGACAAGCAACAAAAAAUAACCUAACUCUCAGGAACAGUCUUUGGGUCUAUAACUGUUGCAUUUAAGGCUUGAAAAGCACAAAACCCUUUUAGGGGAUAUUUACCUUCUUAACUGCUUGAGCAACUAAUUGUUUUUGCAUGAUGGCUAAUACCAAACACUCUUGAAAAGACCAUUUCCUAGGCUAAAAUGCUGAGGUAUCCAUAUGUGGCAUGAAUUACAUCCCAUGUUUCACAAAUUAAAAUGUUUUCCAAUCACUGUAUUUGUGAGGCAUCACAUAUAUGAGAAAUGGAAGAUAGGGUUGCUUUUGCCUUCUGUUUUUAUAGCUAUCCUGUAUGUACGUUUGUGAAUUGUUGUGAGCCAAUGCAGAGUAGCAUUUCUGAUACCCAUGGAUGAGUCAUACAUUGAUUACCAUUAGGGGGCAGUAUCAUGUAGGGUUAAUCCUAAUAAAACCCAGUUUCAGUCCUGCCAAACCUAAAUCUCUUCUUUGAAACUAAUCUAUCUGUGAGACUUUGAAAGGCAAUUUCAAUUUUGACUUUGAGAAGUGUGGGUUUGCCUUUAUUAUUGAAGCAUAAGGCUGGGUUUUUUUAGUCAGAAUUUUCAUUACCGUGUUUCUUUGAUUUCACGAUGUUUCCCACAACAGCCAAUCAGCUUCUUCAGAUGACAGAGGCUAAUCGCCAGCUUUGAAAGAGACAACAUGUCAACUUUAAAAACGCAAUAAAACCUCUUGUGUUUUCAUAGCACCUAAACUAUAAUGGAACAAAAGCACCAAGAUAGGAAGGAUCCCUUCAAAGCACUCAAAAAGCCAUAGGAGAACUGAUACCUGUUGCCCACUUCUGAGCAUCACAUCUUCAGGUGGGCUCAGCACUUCAGGCAGCUAGCACACUUAUUCUGAAGUCACAUGCAAGUACUAGUAAGCAUUAGGUCUUCCCCAUUCUUCGUGAGGAAUUGUGCCCUGGCUGCCUGGAUUCCUUCUGCAGAGGCACAAAACAACAGUUUUCAUUUUCAGUCUGGUUUUGCUAAAAUCGAUUGGUCGCAUACUACCUGAUUUUGUUUUCCCCCAAGAAGUGUUUCAGGGUUUCCUAUGCACAGAUGUUGGAAAGUCCAACAGAACUGUGAAUUCGCAUUGUGAUUUUAGCCAUUCCCACUCCAUGCUUGAGAUGAAUGGCAGUUUAUGUCUGCCCUGAGAAGAUCAAUGUGCAGUGAUGAAAUGUUAGGAUAAUAAAGGAACAUGCUGGUGGAAAUCUCCACCAAAGAGUUCUCUUUGUCUAUCUGGAAUGGUUUGGGAACUGAAAAGCAUUUUUGGCAUAAAUGUUUAAUGUGUUUAUAUUUUUUGAAUUCAUUAAUUCAAUGCCAAACUACGAUACUAAAUUGCUGUUUAGAAUUGGGAGAACAUAUUGGCUGGCAUGUUUUAUUUACAAGCUUCACCAUGUGUAGUCUAGCUGUGACUCACAUUCACUCACUAUUUACUCUUUUUUUGUGUUAGUGCAGGCUUUUCUUGAGUUUGUAUUUAUGGGGUGUCUAGUCAGAUUGCACAAUUAGCUUUUGAUUAUUUUAAAAUUCUCUUUCUCAGGAAGGUCAGUUAUAUUUUAUACAUUACUGUUGCUAUCAACAUCUUAAAAGCUAGGGCUAGGUUAUAAUUUUCUAGGAGGAAAACUCUCUAUAUAGCCAUAUGACAUAUGAUGACAUAUGAGUCUGUCUUUUUCUAAGCCACCUUUACAGCCUAUGUCUAAAGAAAAUGGCUGCUGUGGUCUCUGCUCCCACUUAAUCCAUUCAUAUAAUGGUAGUGGGAGUUCUGAAAACUUAUCAAGGGAUAAAGAGAUUUGUUAAUUUUUAGGGAAUUGAGCAGGAGGGUAGUCUUUCAAUUUGCACUUUCUGAGCUGUAGGUUGGAUGCACCGAAUACAUUUUCCCAUCAUAUUUAGAAAGGAGUAAAUGGCAGAACCAAGGGUUUAGGACCAUGAUUCAUCAGUUUUCAGUGGGACGUGGGCACAUGCUGAAAGUAAAGCACGUAUUUAAAUGCUUUGUUGAAUAAGAAUGUACUUAAGCACAUGCUUAAAUGCUUGGCUGCAUUGGGGAUUGGGCGAACAGUUAUUAUCCCCCUCUGCAGCCAGUUGUUAUCAUACUAGGUCUUUUAAUUAGAAUAACUUUGGUCAUGUAACCACCACAUCCUAUCAAAUCUUUUGAAUGAUGGGCCCAAACUAAGCCCCUGGAACUCAGGAAAGAUGAAAUCUGCCAACAUUUACAGUUUGGACUUUGGUUUAUAAUUCUCAUUAUUAUUAUUAUUUACGUUAGAGUAGUGCUGAAAGGUCUCAAGUUGGGGGGAACCCAUCCCAUCAAGCUAAGUGGUACACAGUCCCUGCCCCAAGACCUUGCAGUCUAAAAGACAAGACAGAUAAGUAAUAAUAGACAACAAACAAGCAAAACAUUAAACGUGAUGUUAGAUACACCUCUUGGGAAUAGCUAAGUUAGGCCCUGAUCCUACAAAGACUUAUGCACAGCUGUAACUUUAGUCAUGCAAAAUUUGCACCAAUAGAACUUUUCACAUGGGACAUCCAGGCUACCCCGGCUACAUUGCUAUAUUUAGCACACUAGCUCAAGCAUUGCAGAGUGGGUGUCUGUCUUCCCACACUUGUGGGGACUUGUCUUCAUUACGGGGUAAGUCGAUCUAAGUUACGCUACUCCAGCUAUGUGAAUAACAUAGCUGGAAUCAACAGCUUAGGUUGAC